CUUUACCAUUUGAGAGAGAAAGAAUAGGUUAAAAAAGUUGAGAGUGAGAGAGACACAGAAAGAGAUGGACUAUAGUCUAGCGGCACUGAAGCUGCUAUGCGUACAGCUAAAGAGCGCCCGCGAAACACAAUCUCAGUCCGCCAUGACUCUCGCCGGCAUCCUCUUCCAACGCGCCUGGUUACAGGUCUUCUCUGUCUCUCUCUCUCAGUGUAAUUUUAAUCCCUAAACUACUGACCCCAAAUGCAGGGCAUUGUGGUCUCGGCACCGUCCUCCAACGGCGACGGCCGUUUUCUCCUCGACGACGGCACCGGCAUUAUCGAACUCUCUCUCUCCCGAGAAUUUGGUAAUCGGGAAUGGAAGACUGGAAUGUAUGUGAUGGUUGUUGGAGGGUACUUUGUCCGUUCAGAUGACCUACCCUUGAUUAAGGUUCACAAAAUUGUUGAUCUUUCUCCAUUUCCUGAUCGAGAAGCAAUGUGGUAUCUGGAGGUCAUGGAGGCAUUUAAACUUUUCUACCAACCCCUAGUUGAAGAGUGAGAGAGAGAGAGAGAGAGAGAGAGGUGAGGGGUGUUCUCAUGUACAAAUAGCCAUUUAGCCAAAUGCAGAAUCCUUAAGUUUCAAUGAUUCCAGUGUUAAAGGGACCCCUUUUUACCUGAGCUGAUGUUUUUUUUCUAUUCCGCUUUGUAUUUGAUUAACCUCGUAGUAUAACUUUAAUUAAAC